AUGUCUCCCUCAAAGUUGGAACAAGAGAACCACCAGCGCGAUGCUGACUUCAAUAAGGCCAUGCACGGUAAGUCGUCGCAAAUCGAAGGCGGUUGGUCUGCUAUGCGCGCCAAAGACAACAAGGCACAGCAACUCGCUGUGGACGAAUAUUUCAAGCACUGGGACAACAAAGCCGCUGCUGAGGAGACGGAAGCUACUCGUGAGGCUCGACGGGCUGAAUAUGCUACAUUGACUCGCCACUACUACAACCUCGCAACCGAUUUGUACGAAUACGGAUGGGGCAGCUCUUUCCACUUCUGCCGCUUCGCACAUGGCGAACCAUUCCGUCAAGCCAUUGCCCGUCAUGAACACUACCUCGCUCACUCCAUGGGCCUCAAGGAAGGCAUGAAGGUGCUCGACGUCGGCUGCGGUGUCGGCGGUCCCGCUCGCGAGAUUGUCAAAUUCGCCGGCGUGAACGUCGUUGGCUUCAACAACAACGAUUACCAAAUCCAACGCGCUACCCGAUACGCUGCUCAGGAGGGUCUCUCCGACAAACUCACUUUCCAAAAGGGCGACUUUAUGCAAAUGCCCUUCCCGGACAACAGUUUUGACGCAGUUUACGCCAUUGAGGCGACCGUGCACGCCCCCAGCUUGGAGGGCGUGUAUAGCGAAAUCUGCCGUGUUCUGAAACCAGGCGGUGUCUUUGGUGUUUAUGAGUGGUUGAUGACCGACGAAUACGACAAUGAUAACCAAGAACAUCGUGAAAUCCGAUUGGGUAUUGAGCAAGGAGACGGUAUCUCAAACAUGGUCAAAGUCUCUGAGGGUCUGGAUGCUAUCAAGGCCGCUGGGUUUGAGUUGUUGCAUCAUGAGGAUCUCGCUGAUCGUCCCGAUGCGAUCCCCUGGUAUUACCCUCUUGCGGGUGAAUUCAAGCAUAUGCAGACGGCGUGGGAUUUCCUGACUGUGUUGCGUAUGACUCGUCUUGGUCGUGGAUUUAUGCAUCGAUUCAUGGGCGUCAUGGAGAAGCUCUGGCUUAUGCCCAAGGGUACCCAAAAGACCGCCGAUAGUCUUGCCCUCGCAGCUGACUGUCUGGUUGCUGGUGGUGAGAAGAAACUCUUCACACCUAUGUACCUGAUGGUUGGACGGAAACCCGAGUAA